ACGGCUGGACCAAGGCCUGCCAGAAUUAAUAGAACCAGGAUACUUCAGAAAGUUCAUGGAAAGGGACGAAGUCAUACGGAAGCAUCUCCUCAUUGAUGGAGAUGGAGCAGGAGAUGACCGGAGAAUUAACCUGCUGGUGAAGAGUUUCAUUAAGUGGUGCAACUCUGGAUCUCAGGAAGAGGGAUACAGCCAGUACCAACGUAUGCUGAGCACACUGUCACAAUGUGAAUUUUCAAUGGGCAAAACAUUACUGGUAUAUGAUAUGAAUCUCAGAGAAAUGGAAAAUUAUGAAAAAAAUUAUAAAGAAAAAGAAUGUAGCAUUGCUGGAGCACAUGAAAAAAUUGCUGAGUGCAGAAAACAAAUUCUUCAAGCAAAACGAAUACGAAAAAAUCGCCAAGAAUAUGAUGCUUUGGCAAAAGUGAUCCAGCACCAUCCAGACAGGCAUGAGACAUUAAAGGAACUAAAGUCUCUGGGAAAAGAAUUAGAGCAUCUUUCGCACAUUAAAGAAAGUGUUGAAUAUAAGCUUGAACUGAGACGUAAACAGUUUCACGUUCUUCUUAGUACCAUCCACGAACUUCAGCAAACAUUGGAAAGAGUCAUAUUCAAUUUUUUAAAAAGUUCUGAUAAGAAUGUAUAA